UACUCAGCCUGAGUGCGCUCUCACCACUGCUGCUCUCCAUCCAUCUGUCUGCCUUUUAUUCUCUCUUUCUCUAUCCAUCACUACCCUGAUCUUUAUUCUGUCUUCUCUUCUCUACACUUACUUCCUGUUUCCUCUCAUCAUUUUUACCUCACGUUUUUCCUCCUCUCUAUAUCACCACUAAUCUUCCUCUAUCCACACAUACUCCUGAGCCUGAGUGUGCAGCACCUGUGCAGACUGGAGUUUGUCGGACAGAAGGUUUUUUUGUUUUUAAUUUUGUGCGUGUGUUGAACAGGGGGAGGGAGGGGAGACAACACCCAGGAACACCUGACCAACAUUUCAUCAAGAUAUGUGGAGACUUAGGAACUGAUUUCCUCCUCCAGCUUUUCCCCAGCUGUGUAUUUAUCUGUUUUGUAUUGCAACACCUGGAAUGCUUAACGUGGACUGAUGGAUGUUUCCGAAUUGUGCAUCCCUGAUCCUCUCUGCUACCACAACCAGCUGCUAACCAGAAUGCCCUCUGAGGACCGACAUCUAUCCUCCAGCUGUGGUUCUUACGUCAAAACCGAGCCUUCCAGUCCAUCCUCCUCGCUAGUAGACACCGGUAGUCACCACAGUCCCAGCGGCAACUCUGACGCCAGCGGCUACAUUAACGGCAGCAGCAGACACUCACAUGCAAUGGACUCCCCGCCGAUGUUCAACCCAGGCAUGCUCGGUGGUGGCGCUGCCGCUUGCCUACGCCGCUACGAGGAGUGCUCCGGCGUUGUGGCAGACGACUCGCCGAUCAAGUGCGAGUACAUGCUCAAUGCCAUUCCCAAGAGGCUGUGCCUGGUGUGUGGUGACAUUGCUUCAGGGUACCACUACGGGGUGGCCUCCUGUGAGGCCUGCAAAGCCUUUUUCAAAAGGACGAUACAAGGGAAUAUUGAGUACAGCUGUCCGGCCACCAAUGAAUGUGAGAUCACCAAAAGGAGACGCAAGUCGUGCCAGGCGUGCCGCUUCAUGAAAUGUCUUAAAGUUGGCAUGUUAAAAGAAGGUGUACGUCUGGACCGGGUGAGAGGGGGGAGACAGAAGUACAAACGGAGGUUGGACGCCGAGAACAGCGCCUACCUCGGCCUCGGCAUCCCUCCUCCAGCUAAAAAGCCAUUGACGAAGAUCGUUUCCCAUCUGUUGGUAGUGGAACCAGAAAAAAUCUAUGCCAUGCCUGACCCCACCAUGCCCGACGGAGACAUCAAGGCCCUGACCACGCUGUGCGACUUGGCCGACCGCGAACUGGUGGUCAUCAUCGGCUGGGCAAAACAUAUCCCAGGUUUUUCCUCUCUCUCACUGGCAGACCAGAUGAGUCUACUGCAGAGUGCUUGGAUGGAGAUCCUGGUGCUGAGCAUCGUGUUUCGCUCGCUGCCCUGCGAAGACGAGAUUGUGUACGCAGAGGACUACGUGGUGGACGAGGAGCAGGCGAGGAUCUCAGGCCUACUGGACCUGCACGUCGCCAUCCUGCCGCUCGUCCGACGCUACAAGAAGCUUCGCAUGGAGAAGGAAGAGUUUGUCACGCUCAAAGCCAUCGCCCUCGCCAACUCGGACUCCAUGCACAUAGAGAACAUCGAGGCUGUCCAAAGGCUCCAGGAUUCUCUCCACGAGGCUCUGCAGGACUUUGAGGGCUCCCAGCAUCCAGAGGACCCUCGACGGGCAGGCAAGCUGCUAAUGACCCUGCCUCUGCUCCGUCAGACCGCCACUAAGGCUGUUCAGCACUUCUACAGCAUCAAAAUGCAGGGCAAAGUCCCCAUGCACAAACUAUUCCUCGAGAUGUUGGAGGCCAAGGCUUGACACCUGGGCCAGAUGUUUGACAGACAGCAGCAUCACCCAAUGGGAGGCAAGGGUCAGCCCAUAAAAAAUAAAGGUGGUGUGCCAAUUGAGAGUGAAAGGAUGAAGCUUGGACUACUGAGUCAUGUUAACACUUUUAAAUGGUAAUACACAUAAAAGAAAAGGGGACUUGAAAUAGUUUUGAAAAGGGUGAAUAUCAACUUGAUUGACAUGGGAUCAUGAUGAUGUAUAUAAAGAUGUUGUGUACAGAAAUCAGGCAACCAAGGUCUUGUUAUAACCAGAGACCCAAUGCUCUAUAUCACCUGAAGCUUCUGUGAAUUUGUUUCUUAUCUUAUUUUCAUCUCAAAAUGGAAGUGUGUUAAUAUAAAUGUCCUGAAGAACCCUACGGCUACGUAGCCACAUUAUGUGUUUUUGGUUAUUUUUUCCAUAUUUUCUAAUCUCAGUUGUUAAAGCAAUAGUCUCUAACUGGUCUACAUAUAAUAUGUGUACUGUAUAUUGUGUGAAAUUGCACUGGGAGGGGGGUGAGAGAAUUGCUAGACAUAUUCUUAUAUUCGUCAUCAAAGAAAGCGGUACCCGCCAUGGGUCUGUAGGACUCUCUCGAUUUCCUCGUAAUGUAUUUACCUCGUAGUAGCUUCAUUGACUCAGCGGUUAGAGUCAACUUGGUGCUUACAGAAGGACAUUGGUUGGCUGGUGAUCAGAGUUCACAAAGAGUUUGCACUAAGCAUCUGUGAAUAAUGUGGCAAUAAUGGGUAUUGUAAUAGCGAGCUCUGUCUGGUAGCCUCUGAGUCUCAGUCAGUGGUUUUUGCUUAUGGACACUAAACUCCCUCCUCAUUCUUCACUUCUAUCUGUGUUCAGUGUCAUACACAAAUAUUGGCAACUAAGCAUACUGUGAAAAAUACACAUGAUAAGCUAAUAUUCUGUGCUGAGAAUUUUAAACUAUGGCUUGUUAAAACAUAUUUAUUUUAUUUAAAUACAGGUACAAUAACUGCAACAUCUAUGCAAUUUAAUGCAAUCUAAAAUGAUGUGUAAUGCAACCUCGUAGCCCUGCAAUAAAUACUACCUUUGUAAAGUUUAUAAUGUUCAGUUUGUGUCACAUAGGUGCUGAUUCAACUCUCUGGUUGUUUUGAGUCCAUAGUUUGUGAUGGUGCAGUAUUAGAUUGCAUUAUAUUGUAUAGGUUUUGCUUUUUUUCAUAUCCACACCCCUUUGUUUAGGUUGUAUGCUCAAACAAGUGUCACUAUAUUGAUAGCAUUAAUUCCACAGCUAAUCACAUUAGUCCUUUGUUUGUUUUUCGUCAAAGUCUUGUGUGAUACCAAAGUCUGUAUGAUCGCAUCUAAACUAUUUUUUAAUGAUCCAAUAUUUUGUUCUCAGUGUGGACUACAGGUUAAAUAUUGUGGCUCUGAGAGAGGAGAUUUUGACAUUUUGACUCUGUUGUCGCUGGGCAUUAAGAUUUCCAAAUAACUCAAGUGAGAAAAAAAAACUCAACAAAGCCCCCACGUCUUUAUGAAUGGACUCAAACUGGGCUUGAUCUCUCCCCUUUCAAACUAUUUCAGCAAGGCCAAAAUUCGCCCGUAUAUAAAUGGCCAAUAGACGUUUUCGCAUGCAAGUACACACAUCUGCCACAGCUUACGUUUGACAGAUAAUGUCUCCUUUUUAUCCUUGUGAUCUUUUUGAGUUUCAAGAUGGCAAGUUCAAAUAAAACUAAUGCAUUUUUUUUAAACUGA